ACUUAUUACUGAAAAAAUAAUAUUACGUUGGAAAUAAAAUGGUACUCAACACGAACACAGAUCAACAAUGCAAUUAACUCACACAGAAAUACCGGUCGAUUUUCAAAGUGUGCACCAAAACUCCGCCCUAAACAAAUUUUGACCAAUCGGCGACCGCUGUAGGCAUAGAUCGUUGUGGCAACACGCCUCAUGUUUUUCGUCACGGAACGGCGACUCAGGCGCGACUCACACAUUGUUAAUGUAAGCGCUUCGCUUUGAAGACACUGGAUCCCAACGUUCGUACCGUCUCGCUCUUUCACCGGCCGCUGUUAAUUUUGAUAUCAUUUUUAGAAUAUAUAGCACCAGAAAAAGUCUAACUGAAUGAAGAAAUAGUUCAUAGUUUAGACCACCUGACGAAUACUUAAGAAGUAAUAAGGAUAUUUGAAGAAAUUUAGACCAAGAACGAUGAAUUUGUGAUCGGGUCAAUUCUGGCCGAUGUAGCAGUUCGGGCGUCAGAAAGAGACAAGUGCUCGGACGGAGGGGUUUGGAAGGCUGCGGAGGCGGCCAGUUUGAUCAUUUUUUGUUGCACCGUUGAUUGUGAAAGAUUACACUUGAGAGUCGAAAUACAUCUUUACAUCACACGUCAGUGGGCCCCGAGCUGUCUUCAAAGCAACACGGAUUAGACACACGUUUCUUUUAGGUUAUCAUGUCUGCGUGCAAGUUGUGAUAGUGAGACAUCCAGAGUGAUCUUCAGGACUUUUGUGUUUGGACUGAUCUGGUGUUAGCCCUGCGUCUACGCUGCGGUUUCUGGCAUCGAUGGCUGUUUCAACUCUGAACAUGACUCCGUACUUCACAGGAUAUUCUUUUCAAGGUCAGGGUCGAAUGAACCAACUGGGUGGGGUUUUUAUUAACGGGAGACCUCUUCCCAAUCACAUCCGGCUGAAGAUCGUGGAAAUGGCGGCGGCGGGCGUGAGGCCCUGCGUCAUCUCGCGCCAGCUGCGCGUCUCGCACGGAUGCGUCUCCAAGAUCCUCAAUAGAUAUCAGGAAACUGGUUCCAUCCGCCCUGGUGUGAUCGGAGGAUCUAAACCGAGAGUGGCGACGCCUGAAGUUGAAAACAGGAUCGAAGAGCUCAAGAGACAAAACCCAGGUAUAUUUUCCUGGGAAAUUAGAGAUAAACUUAUAAAAGAAGGAAUCUGUGAUAAAAACACUGCACCGUCAGUCAGUUCCAUAUCGAGGCUUAUAAGAGGAGGCAAAAGGGACGAAUCAGAUCCUAGGAGAAAUCACAGCAUUGAUGGUAUUCUAGGACCCUCAUCUUGCGAAGACUCCGACACUGAAUCAGAACCUGGAAUUACGUUAAAAAGGAAGCAACGACGAUCUCGAACAACUUUUUCUGGUGAUCAGCUUGAAGCCUUGGAGAGAGCGUUCACAAGGACCCAGUACCCUGACGUUUACACCAGGGAAGAGCUUGCUCAGAAAACCAAAUUAACUGAAGCCAGAGUUCAGGUAUGGUUUUCGAACAGAAGAGCACGUCUACGCAAGCAACUCAACUCUCAACAACUCAGUGCCUUUAAUACGAUGUCCUUACAAUCCGCUUUCCCCUCAGUCCACCAGCAAUACGAGCCUCCAAGUGGCUUCAACGCUCAGUGCGCUUCUUGGCAGCAGUCAUAUUCCUCUGCACUAGGUUCAAGCUCCGUUCUGAACUCCGCCUUGGCUCCAUCUUUACAUCAAUCUGCGUUAACGCCAUCAGUUUGUCAGUCAGCAUUAGCUGCUUCAUCCUUACACCCUCCUACCUCAAGUUCGUUCACAUCAGGAAACCUGACUCCGCUUUCGCACUCCUCCGAACUUGCCACGCCUCUUCAAGUCGCAGCAGAUGCUACACCUCCCAGUUCGAGUCCCACUGCCUCUAGUCCAUCAGUAAACCAGAGUGGUGGGAUAACCUACCAGCACCCCACAUAUGCGAGUCCGAGCGACCCUAUAUCCCACCCUUAUGGCUAUGGGGACUACGCGAAACAAGAUCAUGCCAUGUCCGCACAUAAUCACUGGACCACGAGACAGCUUAGCGGACAUGGCUCGAACAAAUUAGCCGAAGUCGGUGCAUGGCCAGAAAAUUAUAGUUCAUUCUUCGGCACGAAUGCUCACUACGCGUCGCACGCGCACUCGCCCGGCGAGGCUAAGUCCGGGUACCCGUACUUAGGACAACUCGGCGGUAUGGAUAUGGGCAGAGUUCAUUAACCUUCUUCAAAAAUAUUAAAACAAAACAUAUCUGAUAAAAUAAUAAACAUUACUUGGAAAAAUUUAAAAGACCAUACUUAAAUUAACAUUUUAUUCUCGCGAAUUUUGGUGUAUUUUUUCCACACGAAUAGGUAUAUUCCUAUGCUGCUUUGAUAAUAUGACAAUGAAAAACAUAUCAAUAGUGCCUUGGUAAUCUGUAAAAGUUAUUGUGAGACUAAAUUAGCCUUACUGUAUAAAUUGUAUUAUAUUUACAGCUUUAUCUAGGUUAAGGUAGAAUUAAUAAAUUAAUUUCUCAUUUAGCUUAGGAGUUUUGGAGUUCCUCGAUUAUUAAUUUGAACUGACAAUAUUCUUCUCAGUUCUAAGAUGUACAUAUUAACAGUGCAGUUCGGCGCACAUAUUGUUAAUAUCUCUUGUAUAGCUUCUACUAGUAUUCGUAGAUUAAAUAAAAAGUUGUUAAAUAUAUUAAUAAGUUGUUGAGUAUUAGUUAAGUAUGUCGUUUAUGAGUGAUUUUUGUGUAAUGUAUCUAUAUCAAAUCGAUUAAUAUUUUAACAAACUAAUCACGUUUCAAUAAACACGAUUGUUCCCACAAAAUGCCUUAAACUAAAUUGUGAUUAGACAUUUUACAUUAUAUAAUGACGAAUGUAUUUAUUUUAUAGGAGUUUUAUCAUAUAUGUAUAUAGAAUAAGCACGUUUGUAAUAAUAAUGACUUAACUGAAAAUAAAUGAAUCCUAAUGCAAUGACAAA